UUCGCGCUGAGCGCGUCGAAGGACCACUCCAAAUUCAAAAAUUUAAAUCAGCCGUAACUAGUUCCAAACUUAAACAAACUUUUUUUAAAACAAUGUACUUAAUGCUCGGAUACACGUUCUACAUUUUUACUUUUUAAUUUUAAAAGUAGCAAAUAACUGGUUUUGCGUGCGGUCAGUGCCGUUAAAACUUUUAUACAGACGAUGAACUUUAUAGGAUAGCAGUUAAGUUAAAACUGUAUCAUGAUGGAACGGCUAGUUAUUUUGACACUAUCCUCAUUCAUCCUGGCAUGCCUAGCCGAAAACCAAAUCAAAACUGGCGAAACAAUAUUAUCAACAGUCCUAACACCUGACACUAAAGAAAAAACACUAAACAGACAAGGGCGAAGCUUUUACGACCCUCGUUAUGGCCCCAGACCUAUUUAUGAUAGACUAGAAUACGCCCGACCUGAUUAUGAUAGGCCCCAACGCUGUGGUCGAUGUUAUGACGACCGAUAUGAUGACAGAGAUGAUAGAGAUUAUGAUAGAUCUAGCCGUGAUAGGGACCGAUAUGAUGAUGACAGAAGAGUGAGCCACAGACCUACAUACGGCAACAGAUUCGAUAAAAACAAAAACUAUGAUGAUGAUGAUAGCAGCAGCAGUGACAGAAGAUACAACACCGACCGUAACAGCAACAACAAAAAUGGUACAGAUGAUGAGAAUGAUAGUGGUGAUAAAAAACGGCCACAUGACGACAAAGAUGAUAGAGACAGGCCUAGUGGUGGCAGACAUAGAAACAGAAACAGAUAUGAUGACAGAGACCGUUACAGGCCAGAUUACUAUGAUAGAUUCUUAUCACGGGACCCUUACAGAGAUAGACCUGCGUAUGAUAGACCGUACUAUGACGAUCCUUACAGGGAAAGACGACCUCUUUAUGAUAGGUACGAUGAUCCCUAUCCCAGUUACGGUGGAAGACAGGAUGGGUACGGAUACCCAGGGUACCGAAGACCGGUGCAUGAUGACAGAUAUGACAGAGGAUAUGAUGACGGUUAUGGUGGUUAUGGGCCUGGUGUUGGCAGAGGACCUCAUGAUAGUUUCAGGCCGUGGGAUGAGACAUACCGCGGACAGGCGGGAUGGGACGCCGGCGGCAGGGGCUACUACUUUGCUUCCGGGCGACCCGACGCCGCCCCCGCCGCCGCAGCCGCCUGGGGGCGCCCUGACUAUAAUAGGCCAACAGAAUCAGGGUGGCAGAGCGCAGGCGCGGGCGGCGCGUACGCAGGCGGGUACCGCGACUACAGAGACCCUUUAGAGUAUCGGGGGUCUCUGAGCUACGGGCAGGACACUGGGGGCUACAGACAGGGCGUCGCCGCUGACUACGGGCUGGGCUACGCUACUGGACAACAGGGUUAUGGACAACAAGGCUACGGACAGAGCUACGGUCAGAAUUAUGCCCAGGGUUAUGGUGGACAAGGAUAUGGUGGACAAAGUGGGUGGCAUAGCGUUGGGGAGAGGAUCAGACCUUAUAGGGACCAGAGUGGCGUCAACCAGUUAGACAACCGGGAUUCUAACCGUCAACCCUCCCGCGACCGGUACCCGCAAGCGGGCAACCGGCAACCAGCCUACGGACAAACCAACUACGGACAAGCCAGCACCUACGGACAAACCACUUAUCAACCCACUGGCACAUACUCCAGCAGUACUACUCCUCAAACCAGCUACUUAUACCAACGGGAAGACGAGCAAGUGUCAACCAAAAUUGAGGAAACGACUAAAGCUUCAUAAGCUAAUUUUGAGGUUAGGUUAGGUUAGAAUUCUUGGGAUAUUUUGCGAAGCGAACGGUAAACGUCUUUCAAAGGUAUUUCAUCUUUUUAAAGGUAUUUCAAUGGUAAAUGACACGUUCUUCCGAAUACAUCCCGCUCAGGGAUGGUACUGAAAAGUAUCGGCGUCCCAGGGACGUAAUAUACGAUCCCGACGACCCGAAUACUCUAGCCAUAGAGGCGGCAAAUGAGCCCGCGACAAAAAACACCAGAAACCCGAUACCGACCCCGCCGCCGCGCCGGCGUAGUCGACGAUUUCCCUCAGCUCCUAUCACUAUCGAUCCACUUAUCCUAUCAGGCGACGCGAUGACUUCGGCGCGUGCGACUCCUGCGGCGCGUCUGGGCGCGCGCACCUUUAGGGUAACUUUUAGUAUUUGAAUAUAGGAAUCGUGGAUGGUUAUUGAUCCGCCUGAUGGCAGCCUUAUAAAGUCGUAUGAAAAAACUGAAAGCAAAUAUUGGUCUCUGUUAUCUAUAUUGUUAUCUUAACAUAUAAGUUUCACUACUCCACCUUUUAAAUAUUAAGUAAAAUAUUAUUCGAAAGGUGAAAUGGGUGAAACUUACUUUAUGGAUAAGACCAAUGUUUAUUGUACCAAUUUCUGAUGAAUAAAUUAUUUUGAAAUAUAAUGGUUUAUACUACGGUGAGCGCGCGCAAUAAUCCCAUAAAGAGGUGCGAUUUUUUUAUAUUUGUACCUUCUUAGUGCUUUGUAGAUGUACAGUCGAGGCGAAAUUAAAAUUUUCAUAAGUUAAUUAGGUAGGCACUUACGUAAAAAGGAAGUGUGUAAGUACAUAAUAUUUGUAUUAAAUUUUAUUAGCAAUAGUAAAUAAAAAAAUAUUUUAAUGUAAGUAUAUUUUCCUCGACUGUACGUUUGGA